AUGAAUCCACUCCUUCUCAGGUAAAAUUUCAAACUUUCCUAUAGGGGCACCGCACAGAAAUGUCGGUCUGUUGAGAAACUCUUUUUGCAGUGCAAAUUGAGAGACCUCGGGGCUGAGUUUGAAAAGUUAGGCCACAUUUUCAGUGGAAAAUUACUUCGCGGCCUAGAAAUUCGGCCAGAUUGUGAACAGCGCGCCCAUUAUGUCCGGUGCCCCUAUAAUAUUUAGUGUUUUCCCCAAUUUUUAUAGUUGUAUAUACGGUUUUUCGUAUUUUUUCGGUCCUUUUGAGCUCAUAAUAAAUUACUUUUUAAUGAAUUACUAUGCUCAUUUUGUAUUACACGACACCAUAGGAGCUCGAGGACAGCUUUGUCACUCGUUAGCACGUUUUUUUUAAAGUAUUUACUCUCACUAAAUCUGUCUAGAAAACUGUUGGCGCUUUCGAGUUUUGUUUGUUUUCUUAUGAAAUAAUUAACAAAAGAUCGAAGAACUGCGACAAUGUUGACGAUUCUCGACAAUGGUAUAAAAGAGUCUAAGAUCGUCACAGUUUAUUAGAGAAAAAUGGUCGUUCGAGUGUUAUUCUUUUUUGUAUUUGUGGCCACCACAGAUGGACUACUUGGCAUCAUCGGCUCAAAGCAAGGUGUUAUAGUCACGGGCAGGCUCAUUUGUAACGGCCAACCGGCAAGUGGAGUUCUGGUAAAAAUGUACGAGGACGGAUCAAGUGAGUUUGUUAAUCAUUAUGAGAUUUACAUUAUUUUCCAUUUUUCAGUCUACGACAGCAAGUUGGACUCUGUUAAGACAAGUUCGGAUGGAACUUUCAGAGUUUCCGGAAGUCGAAACAAGAUAAGGACAAUAGAUCCAAAAGUUAACAUUUAUCACAAAUGCAACUAUAAUGGGGUAAGUGAAUGUGUAUUUUGUGGAAAACAUUUCUGUCUGUUUCAGCUGUGCUCGAAAAAGGUGUCCAUCAACAUUCCAAAGAGUUCUGUUGUCAGUGGAUCAUCUAAUAACGCACGCAAUUAUGAUAUUGGAACUAUGAACCUUGCAAAUAGGUUCAGCGGAGAGUCUACUGAUUGCAUCCACUGAUCUGUUAAUUUUCAAUGAAUUUUUCGUAUAUCUGAAAAUAAUUGUCUUAUAUUUUCUAAUGUUCCACCUUCCUCGCGUUUGGUUGACUGCUCAGAAUCAUUCUUCAGAUUUUCGGCGACUAUUAGUAAAGCUUGAGAACACAAAGAAAUUUUCGAUGCUCUAAUAUUACACAGCUUGGGUUGGCAGCUGUCAUUGCAAUUGGAAUUGUAAAUACUUCACAAUCAGGUAUUUUGUUCCUGAGAAAUGUGGAAACAACUUCUAAUAAUACUUUCACUGUUAGCGUUUGGCAAUGCCCUUCUUGGUGCCGUUGGCAGUAAGCAGACCGUGACCGUCAUUGGUAAGCUCACUUGCAAUGGACAACCAGCCAAAGAUGUAAGAAUUAAGCUCUUCGAAGAUGGAACAAGCAAGUUAUAUUCAUUAGAUUAAGUAAAAUGUUGGAAUUACAGUUUAUGAUACCAAAAUGGAUUCCAUUAAAACCAUCGCUGACGGAACUUUCCGUGUUUCCGGCUCGCAGAGGAAGAUUAGAAAGAUCGACCCCAAAAUAAACAUUUACCACAGGUGCAACCACUCUGGAGUAAGCUAAUCAGAAUGUAGCCGAAUGCACGGCCCGGCUUUUCAUACAUAGGACUUUCGGUUUUUUCAAUAUAUCUCCAGAAAUCGAACAUAGGAACCUCUGAUUUUUUGAUAAGAGUUCAAUUUUACUGGGUUCUUCAAAAUGAGCCAGGUCAGAGGUAAAUGUAAGUUUUCUGAGAGAAGUUACAGCUUCACAAUUUCCACUCCUCCAUAUGAUUUGCCGGCCCGUGAAUGGAGAAUUUAUACUUCCAGCUGUGUCCGAAAAGAGUCACUAUUCAUGUUCCGAAGAAUGCUAUUGGAAAGGGAUCCAAAGACGCACAGCUCUUCGAUAUUGGAGUCCUGAAUCUGGCCAAUAGAUAUCCAGGAGAGGGUACUGAUUGCAUUCACUAG